GCAGCGUGACCAGCGACACAAGUCCUUGGAGCGGAUGUCAGGCUGGGAACCGCGUCUAUAGCCCUCGCGGUGACGCAGACAUACCGCGUAGCCUCGCGCCACGGAAAUCUCCUUGCCUCGCGCGAUGUUGUCAGCUUGGCACCAGGAUCUACAGUGUAUUGCGAUACGUGUGGCGACGACGGGCGGUGCAGCAGAUGUCUUCGUCGCUUCUGAUGCGCUAUCAAUGAAGAAGAGCGGUCGCGGGUGAAGUUCCGAGGUUGUCGUGCCUCCGAGCGUCGAUUUGCCAUUUCCCAAGUCCCCUCCAAGUCCUCAAACCAUCAUGGUGAGCCUCACGCCGUCGUCGACGACAGACCUCUUUGCGCUCCUCACGGCGCUGCGCCGCCACUUGCACAAGCACGCCGAGGUGACGUGGCAAGAGUUCCAGACGCAGGCGACGAUCCAGACCUACUUGGUCGAGCACGCCGGCAUUGCACCCGAAGACAUCCACGUCUGCGCAACGACAGGGUUGGUGGUCAAUAUCUUUGGGCCAACGACCUCGGACGAGGCGGCGCCGCCGGGGCUGCGAUGCGUCGCGUUCCGAGGCGACACGGACGCGCUGCCCAUGACAGAGCGCAACCCGCACCUCGAGUACGCCUCGUCGAACACCGGUGCGGCGCACAUGUGCGGCCACGACGGCCACGUCGCGUCGCUCGUGGGCUUUGCGAUCGUCUUGCAGCGCGUGCGCCACUUGCUGCCGCCCAACACGAGCGUUCGCCUCCUCUUCCAGCCCGCAGAAGAGGGCGGCUUUGGCGCCGUCAAGAUGAUUGAGGACGGGUGCCUCGACGGCGUCGACGAGGUCUACGGCUACCACAACGGUCCGUUCCCGCUCAACACGGUGAGCGUCCGUGCCGGCCCGAUGAUGGCCCACGCCGCUUUCUUCAGCAUUACAGUCUCGGGGCCCGGUGGCCACGGGUCGGCGCCGCACCAAACGCAGGACCCGGUGCUCGCGGCGGGCCAUAUCAUCGUUGCUGUCCAAAGCAUCAUGAGCCGAAGCGUCGCUGCGCAGGAGAGCGCGGUCAUCUCGAUCACACAGGUCCACGGCGGCGAAGCCGACAACGUCAUUCCUUCGCGCGUCACGCUCUCGGGCACGAUCCGCGACUUUAGCCCCGAUGUGUUUGACAUCAUCACGGCGCGCUUGACGGCGAUCGCGACGCACACGGCGGCCGCGUACGGGACGACCGCGACCGUCGACGUGCGCGACUGCUACCCCGUGACCGUCAACGCGCACGCGCAGGCGAGCAUCGUCGCCGACAUUGUCGCGUCCACGUAUGGAUCCGACAAAGUGUCGUCGCUCGGGCUGCCCGUCAUGGGCUCGGAAGACUUUUCGUACUACCUGCAAAAGAUCCCGGGCGCCUUUUACUUCGUCGGUACGAACGAAGGCGACGCGGCCGAGACGCUCCCGGCCAUUGCGCCCUGCAGCCGCCAGAACCGCAACCCGCACAGCGACACGUACGACUUUAACGACGCAAUUCUUCCGCUGACGCUCCGCCUCUUCCUCGAAAUUGCGCAGCACCGCCUCGGCUGCACGCUCUACUCCAAGGAGGACUUGAACCUUAUCUCCAAGGCGGCCUAGGACUCAAUACAUAUCUACUUCGUAUCUGUGGUCGUGACGAUAAGUACGAACGCUUGAUUUGGUGCGACCACCAUGCCUGCCGCACAGGUGGUGGUACGAGGCUGGGGUCGGUGAGCUGCUGCGCCAAAGCCAGACGAUGACAAGGUUGUACACAGGCGCGGACAGAGCAACUUUAUUCAAACGAAAGUGUGAGCGCU